AUGUCUGACAUAGUGGAGAUAGCAAGUCUCGGAAGACCCUUCCGUUUGGGUUGCCUGUACGACAGGAGAAACGAAAAGGUCGUGACUGGCGUCACCCUGUGGAACGAAAAAACCUUGCAAGAAAAUCUGGUCGUGCAAAAGUCCGAGUCCUACUCGACGGAGAUCACGGUAGAAGACAGUUUCAAAGAAAAGACUUCGGCUCUAAACAUCGAUGGGAACCUGAAGCUGAGCCUGCUCGUUGAGGUGGUCGAGCUGUCGGGAUCCUGUCUCUACCUUCAAGAUCGGAAGUCGUCCAAACGUGAAGCUAGCGUGAACCUUCGUUUCAAGUCUACGAGUAAAUUCGAAACCCUCGCGACAAAACUCUUGCGCAAUAUCAAGUACCCGGAAAUGAUCCACCAGGACGUCGCGACUCACGUCGUGACUGGAAUCCAGUACGGGGCUGACGCCUUCUUCCUUUUCCGCGAGAAGGUCAGCUCAAGCGAGGAUGCAAAGAAAUGGGAGGUCAAGUUGAAGGCGGAGCUUCAUAAAGUUUUCUCUUGUUUGCCUCCCACUGGUUUGGCGGCGGGAGGGGAGAAGUCUAAGGAAAAGGAGGGUGCGCGGAUGACCUGCAGGUAUCAUGGUGAUAUUACGCUGCAGAAAACUCCGACUUCCGUGGAGGAAGCGAUCGAAUGUUACCAGAGUUUCAUGACGCUCUCUCGGGAAGGGUGUGUGCCCAAGCGGAUCCACCUUUUCCCCCUUCAGAAGCUCGUCGAACGACCCGCCGGGAUGGUGCGAGAAAUAAGCAUGGGAGUCGUGAACGACGUUGAGACUUUCCUGGAGGGUUUGCACGAAAUCAAGAUGAAAGCGAAUGAUUUGGCCGAGUCUAGUGUCUGCGACCGAUUCCGAGGGAUCAAAGCUCAGCUGAAUACCUUUCGCUCCCAUUUGGAAAGAUUCAAAUCCGAUCUUCAAGAAAAGCUAGUUCCUCUGCUAAAAUCUGCCCGUGCUUCGGGCGAGGAAGAAAUUAUUCUCUCUGGUCUCGUAAGAGAGAAAAGAUCUUCCCCUUACAACCUGGAGAAACUCACCGAUUGGCUGGAAAACAAAGAAAGCGGAAUAAAAACCCUGGAAAAUUGUUUGAAACAACUUACUGGGAUCAAAAUGUCCUUCUCUCCUCAUGGAUUCGACUCUGUUCUUCUCGAUUUGGAUGCCCAGCACGUACUUUGCUUCAGAUUCAAGGUCAUACCAAGAACAGACUCAUAUUUGCGACUCAUGUCUCGAUACUUAAACGAAGAGGAGAUCGAGACCUCGCCGGAUGAAAUACCCAGUUCUUGGCACGAGAACAGAAAAUGUUGGCAAAAUUUGCGAGUGGGACUCGAGUAUUUUCGGGACGUCUUUAGAGCUUACAAGAGAGGAGGCUCAAGAGAGAGAGGCUUUCACUUCGUCAUGACUCAAGACGGGGGUGGGGAUGUCUUGAGUCACGACGAAAGCGACGGCGACUCUCCCUACGAAAUCGUCUACUACCACAACGGAAAGGAAAGACCCAACCUCCCGCCCUGGAAACCAGGAACUCCAAAGGCCCAGACGGUGACAGGAGACUCUAUUAGCGUGACGUGGGACCCACCGGCAUUCGGAGCCGAGUCUGUCCGAGGAUAUUUGGUCUCAUAUAAGUCUGAUGUCGACGAACGAUGGGACGAGCACGAGGUUCGUGGUCACACCACGGAAGCCACUUUGGAUCACUUGUCUUCAAGCACAAAUUAUGUUUUCAAGGGUGUGGCGUCCUGGUUCAUGGACGAGACGGGAUGGAGGGGGAUAGGAGUUCUCUAUCUCAACCCUCCCAAGUACUCCUUCUUUCGGGCCAUCAACGAUGUAUUCCAGGACAUCAGCGACGGGGAGGAAGUAAACAUGGGAUAUGGAACAUGGGGAGGAAUAGAGAACAGAGUCUUCCUCUUCCAAGGGAAGAAGACCUUUGUGGUGCCAGUGGCAAGAAAAUCAUCGUGGAUUCCCCCUUCUGAUCAGUCCGUCCGCUCUCUCCCUUCCCUCACGUCUCCUUUCUACGUUUUCAAGGCGACGUGUCUCGUUCCGUGCCCAGUGCCAGAGAAUCGAUUCUAUCUCUUCGGGGGAAUGUCUGAAGACGAAAAGAGGUCCCUGUCAGAUGCAGGAGUGUUCAUUCCCUCUGAAGGUGGAGGAACUUGGCUCCCUCUUCCCCCUCUCCCAAGAAAAAUAGCAGGAGCUGCAGGGACAUCUCUCAAAGACGGAUCAGUCAUCACCGUCGGUGGACUGGAUUUUGAAACAAACGAAAUGUUAAGAACGGUGUAUCUGUUUGAUCAUCGGGAGGAUGGGAGAUAUCAACCACUCCAGGACAUCCCGGAACCAAUAUCUCGCGCAGCAGCUACGGUGUGGAGGGAUACACACGUCGUCCUCACCGGUGGAGUCACCGGGAAUGGGGUCGAUUCCUCUCAAGUGAGACUGUUCGAUCUCAGGGCAGGGAAAUGGGAAGUUUCCUCUACAUGGCCCUGCCUUCAAUCCACAAGGAUAUUCCACGGCCUGGGAAAAGACACGCGAGACCGGGUGGUCGCCCUCGGAGGAUUGCGCUUCGGACCCCUUCAUACCAUGGAGGUGUUAGAAACGAACGGAGUUGAGCAGGAGGGAGGACACACUUGGAAGUGGGAUGAAUAUCCCCUUCCUCACUCAAUCAAAUCGUGCCUUUUCCCUCGAGUUCUCCUGUGA